UUGCAAAAUCAGCAUUAAAACUAAACCUUCUUCUAGAAUGGGGAAUAGCCAUUUGUGUAAUGGUGAUACUCGUUCUGCAGAAAAUGGGCAUCAUGCUCUAGAACGGUCCCAUGGUGAGGAUAGAGUGAACAAGGAGUUCCAUGUCAAUGCGUUUUCUCAGUCACAGACAAAGAACAGUGAAACAAGUUCUGUUGCAGAUAAGAUGAAGGUUAAUGAUCCAGCAGAUCAACAGGAAGAUUUGUGUUAUAGAAAGAACAUGAAGUAUCAGUCAGAUAUCAGCCACAAGGGUCAUGGAUGUCUUCAAGAAACAAUUGCUGAUUGCAAACUAAAUUUUCCAGAACCUAGCAAGGGUGAGAAGAACAAUGUUGAAAGGAGGGACCCUUCAGGACAUUGGUCAAGUGACAGUAGAAAGGAAGCCCGAUCAAAUAAAAAGCAUGAUGCUGAUGCAAAAUCUGUUGCUGCAUGCAGCACAAAGGGGAAGACUGCCCCUGAGAAAAACCUGAUCCAGGAUAUUGGUGGUCACACUAAAUUAAUGCCAGUGGAGACAAGAAGCGGAAUCUCAAAAUUCUCCUUGCAUUCUGAGGUCGAGAGCCAGCAAGAAAUAAAGGGCCAUCUAAAAACACCGGAAGCCGAACAGAGAGUUGUUUCUGACGGGCUUCCAAUUGAUUUGUCUAAGGCUAUAAAAUUGCCUGGAAAAGCUGGCAGCAGGAAUGGAUCUGACAACAGUUCGGGGAAGCACAUACCUGAUUUGUGCAAGGCUCACAGUCUGGUAAGAGUAAAUUCCUCCGACCAGACAGAAAAUAAUGCCCUGAAUGAUGCUGAGAAGCUUAAGAGUUCGGGUUUUGUUUUUGAAAGCAAUGAGAUUUACUUCAAAGCUGCUCUUAAGCUUCUUGGCCUUGCUGCCUGGCUAGAGACUAGCAAUGGUGAGAUAGGUAGACAUGGCAACACAAACCAAAUGCAAGUUUAUAGUACUGCCACUAAACUUUGCGAACACUGCCCAAGAAUUUGAAAAAAGUGGAGAAAUGGCUGCUGCUGCUUUGGCCUAUAAAUGCAUGGAGGUAGCAUACAUGAGGGUUGUUUACUGCAAACAUUCUACUAGCUUCCGUGACUGUAAUGAGUUGCAAGCAACUCUACAGAUGGUUC